AUGGCCGCUUCUACUUCAGCCGUGUCAAUGUCCAUGCCGCUGACCAACGCCAACCAGAAGGCGGCGGCGCUGCUUUCUCCUUCGCAGGCAAGGCCAUCAUCAUCCAGCGCCGGAAGGGUCAGAUCCCAAGUCGUCAGGGCUUCCCUGAAGGAGAAGGCAGUCACCGGAUUGACGGCCGCCGCCCUCACGGCUUCCAUGGUCAUCCCCGACGUGGCGGAAGCCGCGGAAGUCAGCCCCUCGCUCAAGAACUUCCUGCUCAGCAUCAUCGCCGGCGGCGUCGUGCUCACCGCCAUCAUCGGCGCCAUAGUUGGCGUCUCCAAUUUCGACCCUGUCAAGCGGAGCUGA